AUAAAUUUAGGCAAAAAGUACUUUGAUUAAAUUCUAACCAUUUAGGAAAUGUUACGUCCUUGGCCCCUUGCUAUGACUUUUCCGCUAUUUACCCAAAUUACUCAAAUCCGAACACCCUUGGAUUCGAGCCUUCACGACCGCCUUCUCAACGACCCACUGUACUACUUCUAUCAGAGGCGACUGGCGAGUAGGGUUUCACGUAAUUUCAGAAAGAACUCCAUUCAAACCCGUAUUCAGAAUCGUCCAGUUUGAAGUUCUUCCAUACACUAACAUUGAUUUUUGAACAUUUCUACGUGGUACUGACAGCAGACACUCACUUCGUCGAUCCAGAAAUUCCGAACAAUGACGAAAGUCUACGGAACUGGAGUGUUCGACUUCAGGCGCCACCGCGUUGCUGAGUACCCCGUUACCGUCGGUGGUUCCGACCAAGCAGUUCCGGAAAGGCCGCCGGAAUCAAAACCAGGUACCAAUCUGCCAAGCUCGAUAACCCUUGUUGAAAUCCAGCGGGACCGGCUCACUAAGAUUGCCGAUGCGAACUGGUCUAAAACGGCAUCAAACAACGAGAAACCUCCGUUUAGUGCGGAGCUUGUAAAGGAGAUUUAUGAGACGGAGUUGCUGGUUAAGGAGGACAAAAGUGGGAGGAUGAGGAGAACGGUGCCGUUGCAGAGGGUUAUGAUUCUUGAAGUUAGUCAGUACUUGGAGAAUUACCUAUGGCCAAAUUUCGAUCCCGAGACUUCAUCAUUUGAGCAUGUCAUGUCAAUGAUUCUCAUGAUUAACGAGAAGUUUCGAGAAAAUGUUGCUGCGUGGAUAUGCUUCUAUGAUAGGAAAGAUAUAUUUAAGGCAUUUCUUGAGAGGGUUCUCUGCUUAAAGGAGGGAAAAAGCUUGAGUAUUGCAGAGAAGACAAAUUACCUACUUUUCAUGAUUAAUGCCUUUCAGAGUCUGGAGGAUGAUAUAGUAAGCAAGAAAGUCAUGAGAUUGGCAAGCCUUCAUUGCUGGCAUAGUCUAUCCUUUGGUCGUUUUCAGAUGGAGCUUUGUCUUGAUACUGAUCUGAUAGACAAAUGGAAAAGAAUUGCAAAAAAAGCCAAGAAGGCAAAGAAACGAGGGGAAUCUUUUGAUAUGUCAGUAAUGCUAGAAGUGAAGUUCUUAAGGAAUUUCAUUGAAGAGUUUUUAGAGGUGCUUGAUUCAAAGGUAUUUUAUCACGAUGAUGACAAUGAAGGGUCCAAAGUUCAUGGGUUUGAACAAAUCAAUGAAGCUUCAAUCUUGUAUUGUGAGAGGUUUAUGGAGUUCUUGAUUGAUCUUUUAAGCCAACUUCCAACCAGGAGAUACUUUAAGGCUCUUGUUGCUGAUGUGGCGGUGGUUGCGAAAUGUCAUUUGAGUGUUCUUUAUAGACAUGAAAAAGGGAAACAAAUGACAGAUGAUGAUGUUCUUAAAGCCCAUUAUGAACGUUUUCAAGCUUUUCAGCUUCUUUCAUUUAAAAAAGUACCCAAAUUGAAAGAACUUGCACUUGCUAACAUUGGUGCAAUUGAUAGGCGUGCUGAUCUUUCAAAGAAAUUAUCUGUUCUUUCUCCUGAUGAAUUGCGUGACUUAGUCUGCAGUAAGCUAAAGUUGGUUUCAAAGAACGAUCCAUGGACUGAAAGAGUUGACUUUCUUAUCGAAGUCAUGGUCUCUUUUUUUGAGAAACAACAAUCUCAAAAGGAAUCAAUAAAUGCUUUACCACUUUAUCCAAAUGAACAGAUAAUGUGGGAUGAAAGUCUUGUCCCUAGUAUCAACUACUCUGGUGAAGGUUGCCUUGCACUUCCUAAACUAAAUUUACAGUUUUUAACCCUUCAUGAUUACCUUUUAAGAAAUUUUAAUCUUUUUCGCCUCGAAUCCACUUAUGAAAUCCGUGAGGACAUUCAAGAAGCUGUUCCACAUCUUCUUGCAUACACCAACAAUGAAGGGGACCCUGCUUUUCGUGGGUGGUCAAGAAUGGCUGUUCCCAUUAAAGAAUUCAAAAUCACUGAAGUGAAACAACCAAAUAUUGGUGAAGUAAAGCCCUCAUCUGUAACUGCUGAGGUUACUUUUGCCAUUUCAAGUUACAAAGCACAGAUAAGGUCUGAAUGGAAUGCAUUAAAGGAACAUGAUGUGCUUUUCUUGCUUUGUAUUCGUCCUUCUUUUGAACCUUUAAGUGCUGAAGAAGCGGAAAAUGCAUCGGUCCCACAAAAACUAGGGUUACAGUUUGUAAGAGGAUGUGAGAUUAUUGAAAUGCGUGAUGAGGAAGGGAAUUUAAUGAAUGAUUUUACAGGUAGAAUUAAGAGAGAUGAAUGGAAACCACCAAAAGGGGAUUUGAGAACUGUGACUGUUGCUCUUGAUACUGCUCAAUAUCAUAUGGAUGUUACUGAUAUUGCUGAGAAAGGUGCUGAAGAUGUUUAUGGUAGGUUUAAUAUUUUGAUGAGGAGGAAACCGAAAGAGAACAAUUUCAAAGCAAUAUUGGAGAGUAUUAGAGAUCUGAUGAAUGAAACAUGUAUUGUUCCUAAAUGGUUGCAUGAUAUAUUUUUGGGAUAUGGGGAUCCUUCUGCAGCUCAAUGGACUAAUAUGCCUGAUCUUCUUGAAACCAUUGAUUUCAAAGACACGUUUCUUGAUGCUGAUCAUGUUAGAGAAUGUUUCUCAGAGUAUCAGUUGAUGUUUACAAAUGCAGAUGGCACUGAGAACUUGAAUCCUGGCCCUCCAUUUCGGAUCAACAUUCCUAGAAAUCUUAAAGGAAAUACUCAUGCUCUUUCUGGAAAUGAGAAGUCCAAUUCACAUUCAGUUGAUGUGAAGGAUUUUGAAGAAGAAAAAGAAAAAGAAAAACUUAUUGUUGAAGCUUACUUACCUCCUGACCCUGGUCCUUAUCCUCAAGAUCAACCAAAACAGAAUUCUGUCAGAUUUACCCCUACACAGGUUGGAGCAAUAAUCUCAGGGAUACAACCGGGAUUAACAAUGGUGGUGGGUCCACCUGGUACUGGAAAGACUGAUACUGCAGUUCAGAUACUGAAUGUACUUUACCACAAUUGCCCUUCUCAGAGGACAUUAAUCAUCACCCAUUCAAAUCAAGCUCUGAAUGACCUAUUUGAAAAAAUAAUGGAGAGGGAUGUGCCAGCUCGUUAUCUUCUUCGAUUAGGUCAAGGGGAGCAAGAACUUGCAACAGAUCUUGAUUUCAGUCGUCAAGGGCGUGUGAAUGCAAUGCUUGUGAGACGUUUAGAGCUUCUUAGUGAAGUUGAAAGGCUUGCAAGAUCUUUACAACUACCUGAAGAUGUUGGUUACACCUGUGAGACAGCUGGCUACUUCUGGUUGCUCCACGUGUACUCACGUUGGGAACAGUUUCUAGCUUCUUGCAAUGAAAAUCAAGAUAAACCCUCGUUUGUCAAAGACAAAUUCCCCUUCACUGAAUUCUUUUCCAACACCCCGAAUCCUGUUUUCAAUGGAACAUCAUUUGAAGAAGACAUGCGUGCUGCUAAAGGGUGUUUUCGUCAUUUGAAAACCGUCUUCCAGGAGCUAGAUGAAUGCAGGGCGUUUGAGUUGCUGAAGUCGCAAGUUGACAGAGCAAAUCACCUCAUGACAAAACAAGCAAAGAUUGUGGCAAUGACUUGUACACAUGCAGCUUUAAAAAGAAAGGAUUUUUUACACCUGGGGUUCAAGUAUGACAACUUGUUAAUGGAAGAAAGCGCACAGAUUCUAGAAAUAGAAACUUUUAUCCCGAUGUUGCUUCAAAGACAAGAAGAUGGGCACGCGAGACUCAAACGCUGCAUUCUGAUUGGUGAUCAUCAUCAACUGCCACCUGUCGUUAAAAACAUGGCUUUCCAAAAAUACAGCCACAUGGAUCAAAGCUUAUUUACACGGUUUGUGAGGUUAGGAAUCCCUUACAUUGAGCUGAAUGCACAAGGUAGAGCAAGACCGAGUUUAGCCAAGCUUUAUAACUGGAGAUAUAGGGAUUUAGGUGAUCUUCCUUAUGUUAAGGAAAAUCCGUUUUUCCAUAAAGCAAAUGCUGGAUUUGGUUUUGAUUAUCAGUUGGUGGAUGUGCCUGAUUACCAUGGGAAAGGUGAGAGUGCUCCUUCUCCUUGGUUCUAUCAAAAUGAAGGGGAGGCUGAAUAUCUUCUUCUCAUACGCGAUGUUCUUAAUAGAAGAUGUGCUCCUUAUGAUUUCAUUGGCCUUCCACACAAGGUUGCAACAGUUGACAAGUUUCAAGGUCAACAGAAUGAUUUUAUUCUUUUGUCUCUUGUGAGGACACGAUUUGUGGGGCAUCUUCGUGAUGUUAGAAGACUGAUUGUUGCAAUGUCACGUGCUCGAUUGGGACUUUAUGUGUUUUGUAGGAGGUCACUGUUUGAGCAAUGUUAUGAACUGCAGCCCACUUUUCAGCUUUUACUCCAGAGGCCUGAUUUGCUUGCACUCAAUCUGCAUGAGGUUGCACCUGCUACUGAUCGUCCUGUUGAAGACACUGGGCCCACACAUUUUGUCAGUGGGAUUGAUGAAAUGGCUGGAAUUGUUAACUUUAGAAUGCAUCAAGUCUAUCAGGCGAGAAUGAUGGGCAACCAGUUUUCAGAUUAUUCUGGAGAAAUGGGUGAUGCAAAAACAAAUGAGCAUGAUGAUGAUGAUGAUGAUGAUGAUGAUAUGGAGACUGAUAUGCAGAAUGUGGGAAAUGGGGAACAUGAAGAAGCAAAGGAGGCUGAAACACAGAUGGAAAUUGAUAGCAGCAAGGCAGAUGAUGAAGCAACACAAGUUGAAACCGAUAUUCCCAUUCCCAUUGAGAGUGGUUUGAAUGCUGUGGAAGCCACUGGAGUAGACAAAAAUGAAACUCCUCUUUAGUGUUUAAAGAACAAGUUUUUUAUGAUCUCGUCUCCUGAAUUAAAACAUAGAUUGAUUUGCAUUAGGAUUAAGAGGGGCCCGCUCCGCUGUAUAACAAAGAAGAAAUGCAUCAAGAUUUGGCAUCUUCAUAUAAACACUUGCAUUUUUGUAGUUUUAUGAAACUAGAUUUCCAUUGAUUGAAGUUUUUGUACAAUUGGUUCUUGUAAAGCGAUUAUGCCAAAAAAAUUAUAUAGUCUAAUCUUUGGCUUGCUAAGAAAGAAAGAUGAUACUGUUUUUAUGCAUUAGACC